AAAACAAUUUUUUUAAUUUGUAGAUUGGAAAAAAAAAAUGAAGUUCUUGGUUUACCCUGAUUUCGGCUUGGAGAAAGAACCAGAGAUUUCAUGGAUAAUUUUGAUUCUCAUGUGUAUUUCGGGUGAUUCAAGCUCCAUCCCUUCUGAGCCUCCGGACAUCAGGAACUGGUUUUCAAGUUACAAGCAUGAAUCCUUUGUAUUGGAUACUUACCAUGAUUUUGGAAACUAUGUUUCAAGAGAUAGUGAAAGCAACAAAGACAGGUUUGUUAGUGGAGAGAAUAAGAGUGAAAAAGAAGAGAACUUGAUUGAAUCUGUAGAAAAGAGAAACGGUUAUGAUUCUUGUGAAGAUGGUUCUUUUCAAGGUAAAGAAUGUCUGAAUCAGAGUCUCAGUGAGAUACCAAAUUCUUUAGAGUCAGCCUCACUAGUUUCUGAAACUGGUUUGGAAGCUAUGUAUAUGAGUCUCCUGUGUUGGACACAAGUGAUGAUUUCAAGAGCUCAGCUAACCACAAAACAGGAUGUGAGAAAGAUGCAUUUGUCAUUAGAGACAGCUUCAAAGAAAAAGUUGAAAAUGCAGGUAAACUUCGAGAAACUAAAAGCUGUCAAGAACAGGAUGUCUCUGGAAUUAAAUGCUCAAGUGGAUUGGUUAAAUCCAAUAGCUCUUUUUGGGAUAGAAAAAAUGAUGAUCGAUCCCUAUGUAAGAUCUUGGACGCUCAUAAUUCAUCAUCUUGCCUUUCUGCUUAGGCAAUAUUCAAGCGACAAACUUUUCAGUGGCUGGAACCAGAAUGAUGAUAGCAGUAGGAGCAAAGAUACUUUCUACAUCCUGUUCACUUGCAGCAAGAAGACAUUGGGAGAAUGCAAGGGCAGAACUGUGGCGUGAGGAGUUGAGCUGAUUGAGGAGAUUGAGCAGAAGGUAGGAGGGCUUCGAGAACUUGAGGAAGCUAGUCGGAAGUAGAAACUUAUUCAGUCAAAUGCAUAUAUAUGCACUUUACUCAAACAUCACUGUAUAUAGUUCUUCAGCCUGGUUUCCAUAUGGUAGG